UAGCGGCUCCACCCCCGUGUUUGAUAACAAUUAAAAGUGAAAUGUAAACAAUACCGAAUAAGUAUAUUUCGGAAAGAAUAAUCAAAUUUAAUUUUUGUUUUUUCUGUUCAAUUCGAAAGUCUGAAAAAUAAAAAGAGGAAGAAAAAUCAUGAGUUGAAAAACUACAACAGGGAUCUUCAAUAACAUAAUAUGUGGACUCCUACGAAAACAAAAAAAUAUGGAGUUGUUAUAUACAACUGGAAUGGAGAUAAUCCAUACGGUCUACAUCUUGAAAUUGGAGAUACUGUUCAAAUUCUUGAACAAUGUUGUGGUUGGUAUAGAGGAUUUGUUACAAAAAAUCGAUCUGUAAAGGGUAUAUUUCCAUCUACAUAUAUUCAUUUGAAACCCUGCCGCAUUGAAAAUGAAGGAAGUUUUGAAACCGCUAUACCAUUGGAAGAUUCAGUUGUUAGAGAAGUAUCUUUGGUUCUACGAGAUUGGAAUUGUAUCUGGAAGUCAUUAUAUGUGGACCGAGAAACUUAUAAGUUUAUUACACUACGUAAAGUAAUGCGAGAGUUAUUGGAAUGGAGAAAACAACUCUUAACUGGAACAUUAACUCAAGACCAAACAAGGGAACUAAAAUUAAAGAUAACAGCCAAAAUUGAUUGGGGAAACAGAAAACUUGGACUUGACUUAGUUCCAAGAUGUGGUGCUGAAAUGGUUGAUCCUGCAUCUAUAAGUGCUGUAGAACUUUAUAAAGUCCAUGUUCAAAGUUCGGAAAGCAUUCAAGGAGUAUCGGCACGAGGUACUUUAAGAAAACCUAAGGAUACAUCUAAAAUUCAAACACGCCAUUUGUUUUUAUGUAUGCGAGAUUUUGGUUACCAUACCGGAGAAGAAACAGAAGUCUACUUUUCACUCUACGAUUCAAAAAAUUUUAAAUUUAUAAGUGAACGAUUUUUAGUUAAAAUAUCGAAAGAAGGAUUUUCUAAUUACAUAGAAAAAUUACAUAAUAAUUGUACAAUUUUUACAGAACUUGGCGUGCAAGAUUUAUCUCGUGAUCUUUAUAUUGUAGCUCACGUAAUGCGAAUAGGAAAAAUGGUAUAUUCAGAGUCGUCUAAAAAAGUAUCAACAUCGUCAACACAAACUCUUGUAUCUCAUUUUAAACGCCCUCUGGGUGUAGCUGUUCUAAACUUAAGUGAAAUGUUAAUUUCUAAUUGUAAUGAUGAAAAAGAAUUCACAUUUCGGGUUUUCCAGACGGACGAAAAAGACUUUUGCCAAUUACAUGAUACGUUAAUACGUAAACAAAACAAUAAGUAUAGUCCAUUGUCUAGUCAUCCGAAUUAUGGUAUUGUUAUAUCUCUUCGGAUACUCGAUGGCGAUCUUCGACAAAUACGAGAAGAAAAUCCUUUGGCCUUUAAAAAUGUGUCGACCACCAAAAAAAUGGGAUUUCCUGAUGUAAUCAUGCCAGGCCAUGUAAGAAAUGACCUUUAUUUAACAUUAGAAAGAGGAGAAUUUGAAAAAGGUGGUAAAUCGACUGGAAAAAAUAUCGAAGUUACUGUCAUGGUUUUGGACUACGAAGGCAAUAUUGUGCCUAAUUGCAUAUGGGGUGCAUCAGGAACCGAUUCAUCCAGUGAAUAUCAUUCAAUGAUUAUUUAUCACCACAACGCUCCAUGUUGGAUGGAGACUAUUCGUUUGGCUGUACCAAUAGAAAAAUACAAUACCGCACAUAUACGUUUUGAAUAUAGACAUUGUUCUACUCGCGACAAAGCGGACAAUAAGAAACUUUUUGGUGUAUCAUUUGCACGAUUGAUGGAACCCGAAGAAGCUACUUUACAAGAUGGCAUUCAUGAGUUAUUUAUAUAUCGUUGCGAUGAACGUACAAAGCCACAUCCAGUUGAUUAUUUAGGCCUAGCUGCUAGUGUACAUGAGUCAUCCACUUGGACUAUUUCACCAGAACCUGGUUCUGUAUUUACUUGCAGUCAUAAAGAAAUAAUGACAGUCCGUACUAUGUUAUGUUCUACUAAAUUAACACAAAAUGUGGAUUUAUUGUCAUUAUUACAAUGGAAAGAACAUCCUCAUAGAAUACAAGAAGCUCUUACUAAAGCUUUACGCUUGGACGGAGAAGAACUAGUCAAGUUUUUACAAGAUAUAUUAGAUGCACUUUUCUCAAUGUUCUCUACAGAUGAUGGUAACUCUACCAUUCAUUCUGGGCUAGUAUUCCAUGUUCUAGUCAGCAUUUUUAGUCUACUUUAUGACAGCAAAUUUGAGCAUUUUAAACCAGUUAUGAAUGCUUACAUCAAAGAACACUUUGCAGCAGCUCUAGUGUACAAAGGGUUAUUGAGCAGUGUUCAACAUUGUGCAGAAUUAGUUAUGUCUACUGAUCGUCAAGAACCAAUACAAAAGUGUUUUCGCUCACUAGAAUACAUUUUCAAAUUUGUUAUACAAUCUCGUCUAUUAUUUUCUCGUGCAACUGGUGGUCAAUUUGAAGAUAGUUUCCGUUAUGAUGUACAUCGCGUAUUUGCUUCAUUAGAUAAAAUGUUGUGUUCAUCUUUUGAAAUGAUUUUACCUACUCAGAUUGCCUUAUUGCAAAGUGCGAGUGCUGUAUUUGACCAAUUAGUUCAAGUAUUACCAAUUAUAGAAGUAGCUAAGCUUAGUGUAUCUAUGUUAGAUUGCUUGCCUUCUCGUGAUUUACCUACACCAUUGACUCAAGCUAAGUUAGGUGCUAUUAAAGAUUUGGUUGCUGGCAAAGUGUUCAAAGAUGAUGAAGCAAGAAAUUUAUUAUUGAUAACUAUAUGUAAGCAUCUGAGACAUCAUAUAAGUGCUAGAGAAGAAAUACAAUUAUGUACAGAUAUUCUUGGAGAAAUUUUAACAUUUUUAUUUCAUUUAAAUCGAUUACAAGACAAUGGCAAAGUUAAUAUUUGUUGUCGUCGCAAUUUAGAAAUAUUAAGUCUUAAUAUACUAGACAUGUUAAUUGAAACAUGUCUAAUUGUCAUUGAUAGAAUGGUUUCUGUUUUGGCAAAUAUGGUUGCAUGUUUAGUUUCUUUAUUACAACUACUUGAUGAUUACCACUACAAACGACUUUGGGAAGAAUUAGGAGAUCGUAAACCAUUAAAAGAUUUCCUAUUAAGAUCAUUUUUAUUAUUUAGACAUUUAAUUAAGCAUGAUGUAUUUCCAACCGACUGGAUGGUUAUAAAAAUGACUACUAACAAUGUAAUUUUAGCUGCUCUACAACAGUUAACCAAACCAUUGGUAUUUUGCUUUUUAGAAACGUGGCCACAUUUUGAUUACCAAGUGUGGUCAACUUAUUUUAAAUUAGCAGUAGCAUUUCUUACCCAACCAGCACUUCAGUUAGAAACAUUUACUAGUGUAAAACGUACAAAAAUAAUUGAAAAGUAUGGCGAUAUGAGAGUACUUAUGGGUUAUCAAAUUCUAUCCGUAUGGUCUAAACUUGGUGAUCAUAAAAUAAAUUUUAUACCAUCUAUGGUUGGACCAUUUUUGAAAGUAACUUUAGUACCAGAAGCUGAAUUACGCAAGGCAACACUUCAUAUUUUUUUUGACAUGAUGGAAUGUGAACAAAGAGCUCGAGGCAAUUUUAAAGAAGUUGAAUCAGAACUAAUUGAUAAAUUGGAUUAUUUAAUUAGUGAAAACAAAGGAGAUGAUGAAUAUAGACAACUAUUCAAUACUAUGGAAAAUUUAAGUAUAGUUCUAUUAGAAAGAGUUCAUCAAGAAGAACAGGAUGGUAGUUGGCAAGAAACCGGUUCAGUUUUUAUUAAUUCUGUCACGCGUUUAUUAGAACGACUUUUAGAUUAUAGGAGUGUUAUGCGCGGUGAUGAUAAUCGUGACAAGCGUAUGUCUUGUACAGUGAACUUGUUGAACUUUUACAAAAAUGAAUUUGAUAGGAAAGAAAUGUACCUAAGAUACAUUUAUAAACUUCAUGAUUUACAUAUUUCUGCUGAUAAUUUUACUGAAGCUGGUUUUACAUUGAAACUUUAUGCAGAUCAAUUAACUUGGAGCGAUUCACCAGUAUUACAAGGUGAUCCAUCAAUUUCUUUUUGUCAGUGGCAAAGAAAAGAACAGUUAUACCAUGAAAUGAUUCAAUAUUUUGAUAAAGGAAAAUGUUGGGAAAAAGGUUUACCAUUACUUAAAGAGUUAUCAAAUUUCUAUGAAAAACAAUUGUUUGAUUAUACUAGACUAAGUGCAGUAUUAAAAACUCAAGCAAAAUUCUGUGACAAUAUUUUAACUCAAUUACGACCCGAACCAGAAUAUUUUAGAGUUGGAUUUUAUGGUCAAGGAUUUCCACUAUUUGUCCGAAAUAAAGUUUUUGUUUAUCGAGGUUUAGAAUAUGAACGUAUGGAAGCUUUUACCCAAAGAUUGCAAACUGAAUUUCCAACUGCCCAACUUUUAACAAAAAAUAGUCCUCCAUCUCAAACAAUUUUACAGUCAGAUACUCAAUUUAUCCAAAUUUGCAACGUAAAACCAUUUCCAGACAUUGGUCCACCUUCUUCUGACAAGCCUUUAGCUAUGGUUCCUGAAAAAGUUGGACGUUUUUAUGAAGUAAAUGAUGUAUGUACUUUCCAAUUAGAUCGACCAAUGCACAAAGGUUUGGUAGAUCGUGACAAUGAAUUUAAGAGUCUCUGGCUGGAACGUACUAUUUUAAUUACUAGUGAACGUCUUCCCGGUAUACUUCGAUGGUUUGAGGUUAUUAAUACAACUGCAGAAGAAGUACCACCAGUUAAAUUUGCAUGUGAAACCAUAGAUUCAGUUAACAAAAACUUAAAGCUUUUAAUUAAUCAGUACACAAAUGAGCCUAAAAGAAAUAUUAAUCCAUUAAGUAUGAGACUUCAGGGAACAAUUGAUGCAAAUGUUAUGGGUGGUAUAUCUAAAUAUCAGUCAGCAUUUUUUUCGCAAGAUUUUGUUCAAAAUAAUCCACAAUAUUACUCACAUGUUUUACAUUUAAGCUCAUCAAUAAAUCACCAAAUUGAAAUAGUGGAAAAUGGACUUUUGAUUCAUGGUCAACUAGCUCCACCUGAAGUUCAACCUCUUCAUCAUCGUUUAGUUGAGCGCAUGGUUCAACUUAAACAAAACUUACGAGCCCCUCCUCCACCAGAAAGCAUUAUAAAUUCCCCCUUACCACCAAUACCAUCUGUUCCAAUUGAACAUAAUUUCCAUUUUCGUUCUUCUGAAGAGUAUACAAAUACAGUACCUUAUUUUGACGAACGGCGUGGUGAAUACGAAGAUAUUUAUAGCAAGACAUUUGAUUUGUCAGAUGCUUGUGUACCAGUUGUUCCACACAGAGAAAAUCGACUUAAAUCUGAAGGAUCUUUACCAAAUAAUAAGAUCAAAGUUGAUUCAAAGUCAAAUAUUUCAUGGAAACAACCAGGAAGUCCUAACUUACAAAGGCACUCUUUAGAUAGUAGUGUAAAAAAUGCAUGGACCCUUGAUGAUAGUUCUCCACCACCACUACCACCAAGAGCCCCGGAAAGAAGAACCAGUGAUGCACCUCCAUUACCACGAAGAUUGCCAAUGAAGCGUGAAUCUGAAUUAACUAAUAUAAAUUCACCAGUGCUACGCGACUCAGGUUAUUCAGAAUCCUUACAUUCAGCAUCUUAUGAAGAAUUUGUGUUACCUUCAACUGAUAAGGAUAAAACACCACCACCAUUACCACCCAAGAAUACUCAACCUCAGCUUAAUUCUGAUCCCAAUGAGCUCCCAAUUUUGGAAAACUAUUCUGUGCCAGGAACAAUGCGUCGCAUGGAUUCCAGUCCUUAGUCAAAUACAAGACUUAUAUUAGAAGCAGUGCCAUUUUAUUCAUUAAUUUAACAAUUAGAUAUGAGUUAUGGUAUUCUAAAAUUAUUUUUAUACUAUAGUAAUGAUGAG